CCGGCUUCAUGUACAGCACUGCUGUUGGACGCGUGUUGAAUUUAAGCGAAGAGCUAGCGAACUGGAUAAAUGAGUUUAUCAACAGGAGUUUGUAGAUAAGAUUAAAAGAACAACAACAACACUUAAGACAUUUUAUUUGAUUAGUAAACAGACUGCAGGGUGUGAAGGUGAACGAUGCAGCGCCUGUGUUGUUCCCGGUGGUUCAUCUCCGGAGUGUCCUUGGCAGUCGGCACCGGUGUCGGUGUUGCUCUGAGCAGCUCUUCAAACCGCUUUCGUCCUGAAGAUGGCCUCCUCCAGAGAAUCCCCGUCAUCCCGAUGCCGAGCGUGAACGCAGCGUCGGAACUAAUCCCGUAUCAGCACGGUCAGUUAACCCCGAGCACAUCCACAGCGGCGGUUAAGUACGGCUUCCCGUCUCUGUCUCACAUCAGAUCGCGGGAGUCGUAUGUCACCUGUUACGAUUCGCGGAGCAGGACGCCAGCCUGGGUGAUCGAGCAGCUCAGUGCUGACGCUCUGACCGGAACAUCCGACCGGAAGCUGUGCAACUUUAAGGAGGAUGAUUCGGUGCACGUGUACCACCGAGCGACGAACAGCGACUACAAGGGGAGUGGCUUUGACAGAGGACACCUGGCCGCCGCUGCGAAUCAUAAACGGAGCCAGAAGGCCAUGGAUGACACUUUCUACCUCAGCAACGUGGUACCACAGAAUCCUCACCUAAACCAGAAUGCGUGGAACAAUUUGGAGAAGUACUGCCGCUCUCUCACUAAACACUACGAGAACGUGUACGUGUGCUCGGGGCCGCUUUAUCUACCCAGGCAGGAGCCUGAUGGGAAGAUGUAUGUGAAGUAUCAGGUGAUCGGGAAGAACCACGUGGCAGUUCCCACACACUUUUUUAAGGUUGUGAUCCUGGAGAAGAAGCGUGGCGAGGUGGAGCUGCGAUCCUACGUGAUGCCCAACACACCGGUUGAUGAGAAGAUCCCGCUCGAGCGCUUCCUGGUGCCCAUCGAGAGCAUCGAGAGAGCGUCGGGUCUGCUGUUCGUCCCCAACAUCCUAAAGAGGACCAACAGCCUGCAGGCCAUUACUGCCAGGGUGUGAUCUCUCCACACACGCAAAAUCACACAAAUAACCCACAGCUGGAUGUGUGGUCUGAAAGAAAUAUAAGGUCCAUUUACUUGAACAAUUGAAAAGUAUGAAAAUUCAUCGUUUAAGUUUCCAUCUCAGGGAGUUUUUCCUCGCCACCGGCUUGCUCAGUAGGGAUAAAUUCACACACUUAAAAUCUGCAUCCUGUGUAUUAUAUUUCUGUAAAGCUACUUUGAGACAGUGUCCAUUGUUAAAAGCGCUAUACAAAUGAAAUUGAAUUGAAUUGAAAAGUUUAGGAGAACAAUCCUGUUGCUACAAAAUAUCGUGACCAGCUACUGAAAUGCGCUUGAGCACAGAUCAGUGAGAUGUUGCAGCUACUGUAUGAGAUUUAUAUGCAUAAACAUUACAGAUUAAUAUAUUACAUUAUUUUAUUCUAAAAUGGUCAAUUGCAUUGAAAGUUCUAAUA